GUUGGCUGCGGAUGACGUCAGUUAUUCAAAGUUUUCCAGAUUUUGUCGAUGGUCACUUGCGAGGAGAGUUGGACUUCGCACAAACAGCUACCGUACACGCCGUUUUAAUGUCUCCAUUUUGCAGUUUUGGAUGAAGGAGGUCGAGAUGAACGUUAGCUCUUGCUAACGGGCACCAGGCUAUUUGACGGGUUUAUUCGAGGUUGUUGAUAUUAGCUUCCUAGGCCGAGGGGCUAGCUAGUAGCUAGACACGGAUGGAGUCUCUUUUAGGCAAGGAGUUCUGUUUUGGGGUGAACAAUGAGCAAUACCGCUGUGAGAUGGGAUACUGCUGCGGCGAGACGGAAUGCUGCACUUACUACUACGAGCUCUGGUGGUUCUGGCUAGUUUGGACCCUGAUCAUCAUGCUGAGCUGCUGCUGCGCAUAUCGACACCGCAGGGUGAAAAUGCGGCUUCAGCAGGAGCAAAGGCAGCGUGAAAUUAGCCUAAUGGCUUACCAGGGCGCCUCCAGCUCUUUCAUUUCACCCCCGCCACUCAACCUCAGAUUUUGGAAUGACUGCAAGCUUCCCGACUAUGAGGAGGUGGUUGGUCAUCCUCCCACACCGCCCCCCCCUUACUCUGAAAACCCUCCCGAGGCCGCUCCAGCUGACCCUGCUCAAGUUAGUCAGCCCGCCGUCGCUGUUGCGGCGGACCCGGAACCCUCGCAAGCCGUACAGCCUGGGCCGGCCGCCGAUGCCUUACACUCAAACCAGGGGGCCGCCUCCUUGCCGGCGUUCUCGGCUCGGGAGAACGCCGAGGAGGAGGAGGAUGAGCUCAUCACUCGGCGCCGGCAUGUGACCGGCGACUCAGGGAUCGAAGUGUGCGUCUGCCAGCUGGACGACGGCUCGGGGCAGGAGGAGGAGAGCGACGAGGAGCGGCGUUUGUGUGGGGCCGCCGGCGGGGAAUGCUGCUCCCGCCACCAGCAGCAUGCCUUCAGACACAAGGAGCACACCUCCGACACGCCCAGCCAAGCCACCAGCGCCGGAGACAGCAUGGUGUGAGCCACCGUGUUUCCCACCAGCUCAGCCAACCCGGUGCGACACUCGACUUUUAACAUUGUCACCAUGGGGGAAUGUCUGUGUUUUAAUCCUCCCGGCUAAUGUGCAGACACCACACUCAGAUGAUGAUGAUUGCGAACCCAUCGACACGACUCGCUUAUUUGUCCCCUUAGUUUUUCGUUGAGUGAAUUGAUUGGUAUUGACUAGGCCACAGGUUCUCAAACUUUUUGGGUCCAGGGACCCCUUAUAGGGAAGGAUUAUUUUUUUUUCUCCCUUCAUUGUUUUAACACCAAUUGAACAUAACUACCAUCUCAUCAAAAUUAUCUCGUUUUAAUGUUUCCUCCAUUUUCUAUACAGCGUAUCCUCUCUAGGGUCUUGGGUGAGCUGACUUUGGGCGAGAGGCAGGAAUAGAAAAAAAAAAAGAUACCAUAUAAUAAUUCAUUACAAAUAAUUUUGUGGACCCCCAAGCUAUGGCUGGUGGACCCCAGUUUGAGAACCCACGGACUAGACGACCGUUACUACUUCUGGCUCGUCGGGAGCAUUUCCGCCCGCUUCUUCAGUUUGACACUCAACCGUCCGCUCGGGAUGUUGACCGCCAAGACGCAUACCAGCAGGGUCAAUUACGUCUCCCUCCGGUCCGCACUUCGCUGAGCACACGAGUGGAAAAGAAAACUUAGUUGUGACUGACCGAAUUAACAACUUACACCAAAUGUAGGGUGCCGCUGCACGGCGCAGACAUGAAGAUGGCGCGGUCUUCAAAAUGUGGCUAGAGUGAUUACUAGUGUAGUUUGGAGGAAAGGCACUGUCAACAUCUCGCUAGUUUGCAUGAUUUGAUCUUAGCUUGAAUUAUUUAAAUAUUUUUUGGGGGCUGCAAAGUUUUGGUCCCAGACAGUUGUGAAAAUGUUGGCGUGUCGCUUCAACGUUCUGGUUGGGAGUAUGGCGUCGGGCUUCUCUGUAGCAUGAACUCUUGGCAUCCGGGAGUGAUUUGUUGUGGUAUUUUCCACUGGCGAGGGGGGGGGGGGGGGGGGGGGCAGUUUGAGGUUGAUGCCAGCAGACUCCAAUUGUGUUAACUGCGUGUUUCUCUCGCCGUUGCGUGUCUCCACAGCGUUUGGAAAAAGGGAUAGUGGUCGAACUGGGGGGAAAAAAGAUUGUUAUUGUGCAUUCAAUGUGUUCAAGCCUAGCGGCGGUAAACGACACCAUCUUGCAAGAACCAAUGUGGAAUUUGUACUUCGAUUGAACCAUACACAGUAAACCCCCACUAUAGCAAAUAACCGUGAGUAAUUGUCACCCCCCUAAAAAUGUUUGAAAGCCUAUAUUGAUAGUUUAAACCAGAAAAAUACCUUAAAACAAUGAUGUCAAAACAUUUUAAUAUAAUUUCAGACUCCUCUUACAACAUUAGCCUUAAAAUAAAUGGCUUCCAGAUAAUUUGAUUUUGAAAAACUGCACCAAACAUUUUUUACAUGGCCUUUGCAGACUCCUUAACUUCCGUCAACAACUCCAGUUUAAACUUAGCGCCUCCCUACCAUACAAAGAUCUUGAUGCAUUACUUCAGCUUAACUCCAAUCACUAUGUUGCUAUUAGCCAGGGCUUUCACUGUGUUAUGCUAGUUCCCUGGAAAUGUGCAAUACGCUGCAUUUAAAGGAUGGGUCCAAAAUCCUUUACAGGUGCCUCUCGGUUUACGACGGAGUUCUGUUCCUACACUGACGUAACCCAAGUUUGUAGGCAAGUCGGAACGCACCGUAGUUGCGAUCACGAAACUAUGCCAACAUGGUAGUAAAGUCCAAAUUACAGUAAAUUGUAUGCAAAACAUGUUUUGGCCCUAAAUGUAAAACAAUUAAAUGGAAACAGUGAGAAAAAGAGAAAAAAUCCUUACCUUUGGAACGACCCUUUAAAGAGGUUUGUAAUGGCAUGUUAGCCAAAUCUCCCCAAUUCCAGUCCAUUGGGAUUUGUAUAAAAUUGCAUUCAGGCGACUUUCCUGUGAAUAUUCUCAGAGGAUUCAAUGGAUCGCAACUGGACUUGUUGUUGUCUUAGAAGACGUUUCGCCUCUCAUCCGAGCAUGCUUGAUCAGUUCAUGCAACACUGCUUUGUUAGGAUACACUAGCCUAAGUUAGUGUAGAAAAACCUCAACUAUUUAUGCUCUAAGGUAGGAGACAUGUUUAUUAAGACAACAAGAACAGUCCAGUUGCGAUCGAGUCAAUGCCCUGAGAACUUAGCAGCUGUUUAAGCGCUAAAUAAAUGUUAACGUUUCCAAAAGUCGUCUAUUUUUAAUUGGGCGAUGCAAAUGAGCUGUGAUUGAACACCGACAAGGACACUAACGAGACGCAAAGCCAGCUUCUGCCCGCGGCAGACCAGUUUUCACUUGACUGGCUCAAACAGUACGUGCAAUUUGUUGCGGUGUCGGGAAGACGACGCAAAGCGUGAAACACAAGGGAAAGUCUGAUCAAACAUGACACGUUUGAGGUUUGCGAGUCCGCUAGCAGGUGUCCAAAUGUGAAGUCAUACUAAGACAAGCGUGACACACAGAGAGCGCAAGCCCAAUUACAAGCAGAGGAAGACGUGUUGCUGCAUCUCGACAGACGUUCCUGAUGGGUGUGCACAUUUCUGCCUUAUGCGUGGCCACUAAAUAGCAUUGUUCCAUAACCUUUAUUGAGCCAAGGCACAUUUUUAACAUUAGGAAAAUCUCACGGUUUACCACCAAACGAAAAUGUCACAAAAAGUUGGGGACAUUUGGCUUUCCGGUGAAAUGUGUCCUCAUUAGCGUCAAUGGAUUAUAUAUAUAUAUUUUUUUUUUUCCACCACCGCCAAAAGCAAGGGGUAGAUUUAUGUAACAGAUUUAGUCCCACCAUGAGUGGUCACUAGUGCAUAGUGAAUGACUUUACGUCGUAAGCAUGCUAAAUGAUCGGGAAUGACAAAACCUUUUGUUUUAGUGCAUAUAAUCCAUAUCGGUUAUCUUGCAAAGAACACCCUAAAAGAGAAUUUUUUUUGUCAUUGUGAUUUUAAAUUUUUUUGUUUGUUUGUUUUCUCAAGUUCACAUCAGAGUUUUGAGACACACUGAAAAGGAAAAAAAAUAGUGAAACGUCAAGAAACACGUAAAUAACUAUAUUGUAAAAUCACAAGAAUAGAGAAUGUUAUGAGAAAAGUUGACGUUCUGAAAAUGAAGACUGCUACGAUAGUCUUACGUGACCAUAAGGACAGUGAUACUAGAAAAAAGUUGUAAUGAUAAAUAUUACAACAAAAGUUGUAAAGUUAACAGAAUAAAUUUGUAAUAUUAAGAUUGAUGACAUGAAGUCAUGAGAAUAAAAGAAGGAUGUCUUGGAGGAAGUUAAUGUUACAAGACAAAGACUAGAAAAAAAUUGGUCAUGUAACAGAAGAAGACGAUGUUAUGACAAAAAAGUGAGAAUGAAAACUUUUUGUGACAAAACGUUUUGUGACAAAAACUUAGAAUGAAUAAAGUCGGAUAGUUCUAUAAAUGACUCAUGAUUUUUCUCGAAAACUUACAGCUUUAUUUGUUCUUUUCAGUACGGCUCAAAUAUUCCGUUGUAUGUUAAACAGAGAAAAAAGGCUGAGGAUCGAAAAAAACGACGUGCAGGUUUUUCGUGCAGGAUUUAAGAUGGAGGUUAAAACGUUUAUGGCCUUCCUUGGAUUUCAUGUUUACUGAGAUUAAGGGCUAUUUAUAUCAGUCACGAUCGUCCAUCCACUUGCAAUGUUUUUUUCUGAUCCUUUGGAGGCUGGUGGAGUUUUCAAUUGAACAUUAGCUGAUUGUAUGACAGUGAGUGUAUUUUUGUUUUACAGGCUAAAACUUUUGCCUUUUUAUUUGCUUUGCUCAGCAUCAACAUUGAAAAUGUUUCUUCCCGCCCAUUAAGCCAAAGCAUUAGUUACAUUUCAUCCUUGUAUCCGAAUGGUAGUUUUUACAUCUGCAGUGUCGUGUAUACGUCACUCAACCAGGCUAUGCAAAAAAUACAAAAUAAAAUAAAAAUAAAACCUAACUGUUCUAAUGCUGCCCCCCACUUCCUCUGUCACGUGGGCACCAGUACUAGCAAUAUAACUCUCAGUACUGUGGCACAGCACCGUACUGUAAUCUUUCUCUCUGUGUGUGUCUGUGGUCUAUUUGUUAAUUAAAAAAAUGUAAUGCUACAGCAACAAUGUAUGUACACAGAGGGGCUUUAAAAAAAGGCAUUUUUUGUUUGUAUAUAUACUUUAAUUCCCCUCAUUUGGAGACAGUAACAGCUAACCUUCCUUUUCAACCACUAACAUUUAUGAUUAAGUUACGAGGAGGAAGUCAAUUGUGUUUGUUAUUGGAUUUAUUCAUAUUUUGGUGGGUUUGUCACUGUUCCGUCCAUCCCUUUUGGUGCAUUAUUUUGUUUAAACAGCAGCUUUCUUUUUUUCCAUAUUUAAACAUUCACAAAAUGAAUAUUUAACGGCUGCCUUUCAUACUUAGAGACAUACAGUUUUGUGUAUUGCUUAAUGGAAGACCUCAGUGUGGAAGAUGGAAGUUGACUUGAUGGAGGUGCUGUGGUUGGAUUGGUUUUCUCUUUCCAAAUAAGACCUUUUAUGUUUUCCGCCGAAAAGGGGGAGGCACUGACUGAUGGAUAAUAAUGCUUUUUUUGUUUAUUAUGUCUGCUGUGUGAUGUUUGGGUCAUCAUUUGUAUUUUAUUUUUUUAAUAAAAUUAAACAUCUA